GGCUGCACAGGGACACCAGCGUGUGUACCACAUUAUCUACUUACGCCAUCUGUGGACUGUUGUUGUGCUUGUUCAGAAACUACAUACGCGGCAUCGAACAGAUGGGCUCGCGCGAACUGACAGUUUGUCAACUAGUGAACUAAGUUGGAGGGAUGAAGUUGUGAGAAGCGCGGAGGAUACGGACGGUCCCCGCGUGAGGUUUUGUCUCACUCGUUAUCAUAAGUGGUUCUAUUUCUUUUUUAUUCUUCCUGAAUGUGAAGGAGGGAGGUAAAAAAAAAAAGAAAAAAAGGAGGUGGACCCACGCGCAGUCGCCGGUCUCGUGGCUCCUUUGUAUACACGGCAGCUCCCUGACAGACAGCGCGCCGGGCACAGUCCACCACACAUGUGGACUCCCUCAGACAUGAACCAGGCGUGAAGAGGAGGAAUAUCCAAACUUUGACCUCCGGCUCGUCUCGUUUACCUUCCCCCCCUAAAGAGAGCAGAAGCCGGGGUCAGCACCGCCGCGUCUCCCCCCGUCUCUCCUCCUUGCGCUUGGAUUGUAACCGGCAGAAAGUCACCGGGCUCCGGCUCCAGCUGCUCCGACACUCGCACACUCACCAUGGAUGUAAGGUUUUAUCCGACCGCCGCUGGGAACACUAUCCCCGGAGAGCCGGCCAACAUGGAUUUUGCCCACUGUUUGGGCUACUACAACUUCAACAAGUUCCAGAAUAACAACAACUACAUGAACAUGGCGGAGGCAAAUGGUGCGCUGCUCGCUGCUGGUGAUACUUUCCAUACACCCAGUUUGGGUGACGAGGAGUUUGAAAUUCCUCCCAUUACACCUCCACCAGAGACCGAGUCUAGUCUGGGUCUAUCGGAUGUGGACUCACCUUUCCCAGGGAUGCCGGAGCCCCCGGGUCCACUCAGGGGUCCAUUAAUCCCCCAGUUCCCCCCUCAGAGCCUGGACCUGCCCUCUAUUACCAUUUCACGCAACAUGAUGGACCAGGAAAGCAUGUCUGUCAAUGCCGGGCAACCUGUGAACAUGGGGCCAGGCCACCUCCGCCAGUACCCACAAAACCCAGCCAUGGUGAUGAAGUCCAUCAUCAACAUGAACAGCACCAACGGCAUGAUAUCACGGAAUCAGCUGACCACCAUCAACCAAUCCCAACUUAACGCACAGUUGAGCCUAAACAUGGGGGGACCCAACAUAACCCACACCUCCCCGUCUCCGCCGGCCAGCAAGUCUGCCACGCCGUCGCCCUCCAGCUCUAUAAACGAAGAUGACCAGGAUGACGGCAACAGGGUCAUUGGUGAGAAACGACCGGCUCCCAUAGAUCCCGUAAAGAAGCCCAAGACUCCAAAGAAGAAGAAGAAGAAGGAUCCCAAUGAGCCUCAGAAGCCGGUGUCGGCUUAUGCCCUGUUCUUCAGAGACACGCAGGCCGCCAUCAAGGGACAGAAUCCCAACGCCACCUUCGGAGAGGUUUCCAAGAUCGUGGCGUCCAUGUGGGACGGUCUGGGAGAGGAACAGAAGCAGGUUUACAAAAGCAAAACAGAAGCGGCCAAGAAAGAAUAUUUAAAAGCUCUCGCAGCGUAUCGUGCUAGCCUGGUUUCCAAGGCCGCAGCAGAGUCAGCAGAGGCUCAGACAAUCCGCUCUGUGCAGCAGACCCUGGCCUCCACCAGCCUGUCUCCAGGCCUGGUGAUGCCUUCACCCCUCAACCACCACCCCUCCAUGUCAGCAGUAUCCCAGGCCCUCCAACUAGCACUUCCAAGGCCCAUAGCCCCAAAGCCUCUGCAGAUGAGACUGGGAGGAAAUCAGAUUGUGACCUCCGUAACAGUUUCCCACCCAAACAUGUCCUCCGGGAUGUCACCGCAGCAGCUUGGCCAGAUGGGUGCCGGAGGGGGCAUGGUGGCUGGUGCCCAGUCCACAGCUCAGAUGAGCCCGCCCAUGCAACCGGUGCAGCAGCAUGCGAUGCAGCACAUCCAGCAGCAGCAACAGCAGCAGCAGAUGCAGCAGCACCUUCAGCACCAUCAGAUGCAGCAGCAGCAGAUGCAUCACCAGCAAAUCCAGCAACAGAUGCAGCAUCAGCAUUUCCAACACCACCUCCAGCAGCAGCUGCAGCAGCACCACAUUCAGCAGCAGCAGCAGCAGCAGCAACAACAGCAGCAACAACAACAGCAGCAGCAACAACAGCAGCAGCAGCAGCAGCAGAUGCAGAUGCAGCAGAUGCAGUUGCAGCAUCAAAUGCAUCAGCAGCAGAUUCAACAUCUCCAGCAGCAUCAGCAACAACAGCACCAGUCCCAGUGUUCCCCACCCCAGCAUUCCCCUGGCACACCACAUUCAGUGGCAGGGUCUGCGUCGCUCGGCAGCCCCCAGCCCGCCCAACAGCAGCAACCACACCCCUCCCAAAUCCAGGCCCACGCUCAGGUCCUGUCCCAGGUCAGCAUUUACUGAGCCAAAUGGAAAUCCUAUCUCAAAGAACAGGAAUAAAAAUAAAAGCAUCAUUCCACGUUGCUUUUCUAAGUUGCACUUAAGAAGUGUGUAAGAUUUAGAAUGUUAUACAAAGAAAUUGUCCAUUGUUAUAGACGGAUAUGCACAUGCGUGUACAGGAAGUAAAACAUGUUAGCUGGGGUUUUGUCUAUAAAAUAGGCUGAGCUGUGACAGAAGCCUGUUUGGGGCGAGCGCCCAGCGAUUGUUUAUUUGUUUGUUUGUGAGGUCUCUCAGUUGUCAAUUUAAACUGACUGGGCACACAAUAUGUUGGAAGACGUGCGUCUUUCGCUGUUUUAUUUAACAAUAAAGCUUUAUUUAUGAGGCCAGAGUCGUCAGCUCAUCGCAGCAAAAGUACAUUUUGCAUGCGUUUACACAAAAUGAUUUUUAUCAGCUGAUGACUGGACUUAGUGACCCACAGGUGGAAACCAGUGAACCCACACAUCACGUCUUUGUCCCCACACUGGCCAGUAUAUAAUGAUACUUUCUUCACUCCAACCUUCCUCUCUUAACAAUCAACUCUUACAGACGUAACUGAGCAACAACAGUAUAGAGGAAAUCAUCCAAAUAGUCAGGCGUCGGGACCCGGUGGUGUUAGAACACAUUCAGAUGAAUGAUGCACACGCAGACAGUGUCGUGAAGAAAAAGGGGAACUGAAAAUAUGAAGGACUGAACAGACAGAGUCAGAGACUGCCAUAAAUCAUUUAUGUAAUCACAUCAUCAAACUGUAGCUGUAAUCUGCUGUACAUGUUUUGUAGAGUGGGGAGAGACGAGACCUCCUUUAUCCAGUAAUCUAUCCUGCAGGUGAUUUGCCCCAAAGCGUAUAACUGGCACCCCCCCAUAAAAAAAAAAAACACAUCUUUAAUCUAUUUGUUUUUACUUCAGAUGUUUAACAAUUAAAUUAUGUUUUUAUUUUGUGUAAAAAAGGGGAUAUUUUAUGGUAAAUACAAAUUUCUGGAUCAAGGAAGCUGGUUUGGGGAUUGAUGUAUUUUUACUCUGCUCCUUGAUACUGUCAUUGUUUAAAAAAGAAAAAACUAGCAGAGCCAGUUUGUUGCACUGCCAAAGCCAACUAAAGAGGCAUCGGAGGUAUUUUUGCCAGCUGUACAGAAGUCCCUGAAAAAAACUGAAAAUGUUGUACAUUUUUCAUAUCACCUGUUGUAAAGUUUUAAUAUGUGAGGCUUUAAUUAAAACAUUGUUAAACGACCUGUGGAUUGCUAUAUCACAUAGUGCAUUUCUGCUCUUUUAUACUUUUUUAUGAGUUACAAUAGCAGCGAUUCAUUUUCUUUGUACUUUUGCUUACAAACCCAACUGCUUCUGGAAAAUGUCCAUAGAAUAAAUGCUUAUUGGUACAGAGCUCUAGAAAAUGUGUUUUUUCCGCCAACAUCGGGGAAAAAUUCACUAAAUGUUUAGGGGUUUUAUUUUUUGCUGGGCCAUGAAGUGGAAUCCAGAGACGUUCCAUCUCUAAUAUGAUAGUAGCCAUAAUUUUGUAUGAAGUAUAUAUUUCUUUGUGUCGCUGUUUAAAAUUAAACUAUCAAUCACAAAUA